GGUGAUUCGUCACAACAAUUCGUAUCGCAAGUAACUGUAUCAGCGAUCACAGAUCUACAUGUUGAUGAUGACGUCCCUGUGUUUUGCCAUGGAAUCCUGAGAAGCUGCACUCUUUCAGAUGAAGAGACGUCCCACACUUUCUCUGUAAACUGUCACAAUGAGGAACUUUUAUGCAAUGUCCUUAUCAAUAGCCCAUUUCAACCUUCUCGCAUGACAGGUGAUCCACAAGUUUUGGCAUCAUACAGCACAUUGUACAGAGACAAAGAAGCAAAGAUGUUGCUCUGAGUAAGUGAAGGUGAACUAGUAUGGAGAAGAGGACAUAUUUCAGCAUCAGGGGAGCAAAGAUACAUCAGAGAACCUGAACCCUUCUCAGAAAGCAAAAGUGAUGAACCCCACAUUCUAUGAGUUGGGGAUUACUCCUCUUCCUACCAGUGCGACACCCACAUCGUACCCAGCACUUGAAAUAGUUUACACCAUCUUGACGAAGUGGGCGCCCUAUCCAAUAUUCACAAUCGGGUUUUUCGGAAAUACUCUCUCCCUGCUUAUAACCACUAAACAGGAGAAUCGGCACAUUACGACUUGUGUUUACAUGACGGCACUGGCUGUCAUUGACAAUAUGUUCCUUGCCCUUUGGAUCCUUUCUUCUAGCCUAACCUACCACGGGCUUGGUGACAGUAUUCAAGACAGACACACCUUUCACAGAACACUAUGGUACCUCUUCUACACGACCGUACAGGUUUCCCGCCUCAUACUGGCCGCCAUGACGGUUGACCGCGCAUACGCUGUCAUGUUUCCAUUGGCUGCAAGGUCCAUUUGUACUGUAUCAAAAACAAUAAAAGUCAUCCUGUUCAUGACAUUAAUCCCAACUUUAGUUAACAUCAGCAUGUUCUUUACCUUUGAUGUCUUAUUCAUUGGAACGCCAGACGAAACCGGCCUCCUACAUUUCCCUCAAAUGCCAUGGGUGGAAGUUUUCUUUGGAACGUGGACUUUACUUAUAGCCGUGGUGAUACCUUUCAUAAUAAUUUUGAUAUCAAACAUCAUAAUCAUAUAUGGUGUCAGGCGCGCGGCCACCAAUCGGAGCAAGAUGGCUGACGGAACGGGUAAUAACGCAAAAGAGAAUCAUUUGACAAAAAUGCUGAUACUAAUAUCAGUAGCUUACGUUAUUCUGUGUUUGCCAUAUGGGAUUAGUGAAGUCGUGUUAAAGCGUCCAGAAGUCGCAGCUACAUACGACCUCAGCUCCACCUAUUGGCGACUGAGGUUAUUAGUCGUCACAUUUGCCCUCUCCCAAAUAUCGGCUUUGAAUCACGUUGUGAACUUUUAUCUUUAUAUUCUCGGCGGCGGUAAACACUAUCGAGAUGAUGUCAAACAAGUGUUCAAGUCAUGUUGUGGGACGAAGGCAUAGCACACAGACUGUCUCUCCUUGAACUGUGAACCGUGACGCCGAAAGGCUUGUUAUACUUACUUCAUAGUUUGCGCACGCAUAUCAUGCCGACUCAAAUCCUACUGCUCGUACAGGCAAGAGGCAAUAGACUUUUAGUCGCUAGUAUUUGUAUGCAUUCGUACACAGAAAUCCUCCCAACUCCAACCCUAACUUGAUGUCACAGAUUGUUCAUCAUGCCUACAGUAUGUAUACAAAGUCAGCAAAUGUUAGCUUGAACCAGACGAUAGGCAAUUCAACUUGACUUUGACCAGGCUCAGCAUGCAUCAUGCACUACAGCUUGUACACAAACUCAGCCAAACUCAUCUUGAAUUGGACUAUAUAUUGGAGUUCACUUGAGCUCUCAUUCAUAGAUUCAUGACUGGCACGGAGGGAUCAUUAGAUAGUCCUCCGAUGUCGGAAUCCUCACGUUAUAGUAGAUCUAGAUCAUACAGUAAUGGAUUCAUAUAAAUGCGGUUGUUGGGGUAGCUCUCCGAAACUGAGACAAAUCAGUAGGUGGACACAGUUUUGGUGAUUUGCUUUUUUUUCAAAGUUGGUGCAUUGAAAUGAUAGUUUAUACAAAUACAGUAGAAUGUCCCUAUUAGGCACACCCUUGGGACUGACAAGUCAUGUCCUUAUUGAUGAGGACGCCACGGUAUCGUAUAAGCUCCCCAGAGGUGAGCUAAAAAAUAAAAGCUGUUUUACCAAACACAGUAAAAUCAAGAGGGGGGGGGGGGGGGUGCAAAUAGUGGAGAGUAAGAGCCUCCAAAUAGCAUGUAAAUAAUAUUCAUUCAAUUUUCUCAAUGCAUACACAUGUUUACUACAUGAGAGAUUGCGCUGAUUUUACCGAUAUAUUUCCCGAUAAGCAUCGCGUAAAGCAGAAAACAUGAUUUACAGAUUGCGACUACUUUAUGCCGCCAUUUUUUGUCGAUGAAAGGUGAAGUUUAUGGCAUCGUAAUCUAACGCCAUCUCACUAGCUGUCAGUAAGGCUUGCACAGGGUAGACGCACAUGAUCUUAUCAUUUUAGUCAGCUCAUUACGCGGCAGAGAAUAAAAAUAUUAUUGGAAAAACAAGCAAGAUCUGAGAAAGAUGCGUUAUUUUGAAACUUAAUUAAUGUUAACUCAUUAGUUGUAGAACUCUUAAUUAGCGAAGUUUUGAAUCAUCGUCGUACCCUAUGACAGGAGCUUUAAUCAAGUUUUACAUUCUGAAGUAUGAAAGGGUUAAACGUAUUCGUCAUUAAUUGUCAUCUUUUUAGAUUCGUUAUAAAUUAAAGAAAUUACUUGAUGCAAAUUAAACUUCUUUUCAAACACAGAAAUUGAAAAUCAAAGUUUAUAUUUUUGUAAAACUUGAAUGAAAUUACUUCAGUGAUACUGAUCAUGGUGUUGGCAGAAAUUGUGAAAAAUGGGUGAAAUUUGUCAUCAACAAUUCUCAAAUCUAUCAAAACUUUGCAUAUUGUGAGAGUAAAGUUGAAGAAUUGCAAUUAAUUCCAACAAAAUGCAAAACUGAUGAAAACUUCAAAAUUGCAUCUGUUUCUUAGAUCUGUAUCAGAAUUAACGAGAUUUUAGAAAUUGAUAACUGGAGUUAUGAUUCUUGAAGCUGUUCAUAAAACAGUCAAAUUUACAGAUGGUUAUCCCUAAUUUAUAAAUGCACAGUUCCUGUGAAGUCGGCAAUACUGAAUUGCAACAGAAAAGGUACAUAAACAUUCUAACAAUUGCUUAUGUACCCUUUUAGAUGCAUCCUCCUAUAGCCCUCUACAAAGUGAUUUAGUAAAUACACGUUUGACUUCUGGGCACAAAAUAGUGAUAUGGACAGGGUAUUCAAUUGACGGUCCCCAGGCAGCUCUUUGCAAAGUUAGGGGCGAGGUUCUGCGAUGUGAUUUCGACUUGCUGAUAAAAAGAUUCCAUAUACAAACACAGGGUGAUGCUGUACUGUCAUAUACUAGAGACACCUAUUGGUAACUUCAAGUAACUUAAUCUGCCCCACCUUGUUCUGAAAGAGAGUCUCCCUUGAAAGCUGUGCAGAGUGAACAGGUGCCUUUUCACCAGCGGCAGCGAAUCCCGCCAGAGUCGAAAUAACUCUUCCACUCUCCAUUCAUCUGGAGUUGCCUUCUGUCUCAUUUGCAUAAACAUUAUUACGCCAUCCGCAGCCAACACUGCCUAGUUUUUACCUCCGUCAAUAGCCAUUAAAUUUACAUUGAAAUCUCGUCUUGUAAGGCGUGAAAAAAUACCAGCAUGCUGCACGGAAAUUAACAUAUUGCCGAUAACUCAUUAGUCGGUUUUGAAAUUAUUCCUAACGGUAACCGGGGGAAAUGAUGAAGUUUAAAUUCGUACCAUGCGGUGCUCGACGUGUAACGCUCAAUUGUCCCGUGUUUAAUUUGUUUUUUAUUAAGAAAUAUUGAUAUUCGUGGCAAGUAUUUAAUAAAGUUGAAAUCUGCGACGAAGGACCCCGAAGAAACAAAUCACGGUGAGCGUAAUUUAUCAAAGAAUGUCGAUCUUUUGCAAAAUAAAUCUGAACACCGUCUUUAAGUUACAGAAAUUGUGCAGGUUCUUUUUUAGUCCUGGUGUUGAUAAUUACACUUUUGUAAGUCUUCGAUGCAAUUUACAUCAAGCUGCGGCAUUUCUUGGGAGAUGACAUUUCUCACCAGACACCUAGUGCAUCAUUAACUGCUUUUGGAAUUCCAUGCUGUUAUCAUUAACGGAUCAUUAAUUAGGUUCCAUUGUUUCUCAUGUGGGCAACAAAUUGUGACCAAACCAACGAAAAAGAAAACGUGUUAAUCUCACCCCAACCCAGAAUUGAUCACCAAAGCCCAAUAACAUGAAAGAAGACCACUUUCUAUGCAGAGUGCGACUAUAACCGUACCUCUUACAGAAGAUCAUCGGCAUUCAAACCAAAGCUUGCUCUGAAGUAUGCGCAUCUCAAAAACAUAUCACACGCAACGAUCGGAUAUCAAUUUGCUAACAAUUAUACUGCAAUUUUCAUGUGCAAAUGUGAGGUAUUGUUUGGUACCUAAGACUCAGCAGACGAGGUUUGUUGAUUUCUCCCUCUUGAGGAAUUCGCUCGAACAAAUAAGUAAUUUGUAAUAUUUGAAUGAUAAUAACACUCAUGCUUUCGCGUUGUCUUAAGAUAGCGAUCCUGCGUCCCGUUAGCAUGCGUGAUUCAUUGAGCAAUCUUAGGUAGAAGUACACCACAGUCGAGUGUUUGGCUACGGGGAAGUCACGGCGACUCCUCGUUCUAUAUAAUUAUGCUUUUGUCGCACGAGUAGUAUUGUAUUUAUUUUGGUGAUGAAACGUAUCGAACAACGCUCGAGAUAUUUACAAAGACGGCAUCCCGGGUAUCGUGAGGUGGGCAUAAUUGAAAUCUCAAGUAUUUGGUGAAAUAAAUUGAUAUUUGGGUUUAAUUUUCAUCUUUUGAUACUGCCGUCCUUGUAGAAGACGAAAGUGGGUUGAGCUUCCACGGGUUUACAUACAUGAUACUUACAUUGCCGAAGAUGAUGGGUUUAGCGAUGAGAAGUUUACCGUCAUCCAGCAUUAGGUACGCAACAUCUCCAAGAUGAGUUUGGCAGUUAACAUGGGAUGGCAGACACUACUUAAGUCGAGGUGGGCAUGAAUGCAUACGAAUGUACGUGAGACACCAAUCUGAGUGGCGAUGAGUUAGCAUCAAGAAGAACCAACUCCGCAUCAUCUUUGGGCCAGUAAGAACAUCCACUGGUUCACUCUUGUUGCAUUAGUCGGCCGAAUCGUACAUCCAUUGAUAUCAAUAUGACCCUGAGAAGUCAUCCCAACCAAUUUUCUCUCAAUGAAGUUCAAAUGUGGUAGUUGUACCCAGUUUUCUAUCAUGUUUGGGUCAGUGAGAACACAAAAUUUCAUUCUUGAUAUUUAAGUGGGUCUAAUUGAUCAACAAUGUGUCCUUGAGGAAUGAAGGGUCCUUAAACAUCAACUUGACACUCAGGGACUUCCAACUCUAAUUCAUUUCCCGAAAUCAAUCGUCACAAAGAGAUCUUUCUGAGGAGCACAAACUGAUGGUGGCCCAGCCCUCAGUGCAGGGGCUAUCAGUGGUGAAUCCACGAGUUCAAGAAAGAGGAAGUCUCCCCUUCCCUUGGUCAUUUCAGCCCUGUUAUGAGGACCGAGUGGCACUUCCCAAGCUUCAAACCCACAACCUUCUGAUCACAAGCCCGACCCUCUUCCAC